AGCAAUCUCCAAGUCCUCAUGAGUCUAACUGGAGCCCCACAUCCAACACUGAGUAACUGCAUGACUUUGGGUAAGGACAAGCUCAGUGGGACCAAGGCCAGGUUGGGGCCACCUCUUCCACCCCCCAGAUGCACAGAUGCCUCGGCUUGGAGAGAAGAUUCCUUCAGCCCAUCUUCCCUGCCUACUCCGGAGCCCUGGAGACACAGGGCCCAAGAGGACGAGGAAGAGGAUGCGUACGAGCUGCCCCCCUGUGAGGCUGUGCCCCUCAUUCUGGCCUCGGCGCCCCUUCCGGGUGCUGAGCAGGAGUCCUUGUACCUGGCUGAAGGCGGCAAUGAACCUGCAGGUGACCGCAAAGCCAGGACUUGCCUUUGGGAGUGGAGGAAAAACGACAAGGAGAAGAGGAUGGUUUCCUGCUGGUGCUUUCAAGUUGGCUCCAAGGAUCCCAUGCCCAGCCCCUCCUCCCUGCUACUCCUCACCGCUGGUUUUCUUCUUGCAGGUGGAGGUGAGGUGAUGUCCAGAGUGGUAGCAGGCCCUGCCAAGGAUCAGGAUGAGGAUAUCUACCUGAAGUGUGAGCCUCAUCCAGCCUUGACUAGGUCUCUGAGCUCCAAAGCCCUGAUACCCCCAGCCCCUCUGCCAAGGACGGCUGUGAUUCCUAGGCCCACCAUCGUACCCCAGGAUGCUCGGAGUGGAGCAGCAGAUACCACCUCUAAAGCAGGAAGGAGACCCUCUAUCCCCUCCACAGCCCACCCUGGGAGCAGUUCAGCUGCCAAGGACAGUAGCCUGCUGGCUCAGCCUUGGUACUCAGGGAACUGUGACCGCCAUGCUGUAGAGAGAGCCUUGCUCCGCUUCCAAAAGGAUGGGGCCUACACAGUGCGCCCCAGCUCGGGGCCUCACACCUCCCAGCCCUUCACCCUGGCUGUGCUUCUCCAAGGCCGGGUCUUCAACAUUCCCAUCCGGCAGCUGGAUGGCGGGCGCUAUGCCCUGGGCCGGGAGGGCAGAAACCACGAGGAGGUCUUCUCCUCAGUGACCACCAUGGUUCAGCACUAUUUGACACAUCCCCUGCCCCUUGUGGACAGACACAGCGGUAGCCGGGAACUGGCCUUCCUGCUCUUCCCCCUCAAGCCUUAAGGCCUGGCUGGGGCAACAUACACCCCCAU